AUGGACAACAGAACUGUCAAAGAAGCAUCGGUGGAGGGGAUUCAGCGAAGAAGGACACCCAAAAAACAUUUUGUAAGUUUUGCCUUUUAACAGAGUGUCGUGAUACUACGUUAUAUAUAAAGCCACAUAUAUUCAAGCUACUGUGGUACAUAAAGAACUUUAAUUGCAUGGGCAGGUUAAUGAUCAGUCAAACUAUAUGGGUUAUUCAUUUCAGACAAUCUUGCACUUUCCUUCGUUAGUUAGUGCUGUGGAUCUUUUUGUCAAAACUGGUCAUCAAGUCUUUUGGUUUUGUUUAAUAGUCAAUCAAAACGCGUCGGCCAGAGCCAACGAUGUACAAUUUACGAUGUUGGGAUUCCGAUCGCACGUUUUGGAGUCUAUUAAGUCGAGCUUUCUUGCAACUCUCGUAAGAAAAGAAAGUGAAUCAAGGCUUGCAAGUGUAAUAGCAACUUCCUAGCUGUUUUGCAGAUAGUUCAUUAUGGUGGCAGGCAAGACCACCCGUUGUCCAUCUCGUUAUUAAAACCAAAACUGUCUAUUAAAAAUUAUGUAAACAACCCAAAAAUAUUCUACAGCUGCACUAGUGGUGGUGUCUGCCGACUAUUCAUGCAGAGAGCGAGAAUCCGACUGCUAUCUACAUUUCAGGAGGAAACCAACACGGUUUUAAAAUAUUACCCAAUAAUGAUUAAAGCGUUAAGGUGACUGGGUUGUCUCGACCCCCAAACACGUUUCUUAAUAUUUUCUUCCAGCAAAACUCACUUCUCCAAUACUUUCGAUUUCUGCCAUAUUUACACCUCCGGGUCACGCCAAAGUACUGACCCAUGCGUUCUUGAAACUUCCUUAGGUGUUCUGUGUUAAGGUCACGUGGUCCGAUGGAACUGUCAAUUUGGUGUAUCGAAGGUACAGCGAGUUCUUACACUUGCAGGUAAGCUAUAUCGCGCACAAGUCAGAAAUUUGACUAAAAAGUCACCAAUUUCAUAGCUUUUUGAAGGACUCCUCAGUGGUACGUAGGGUAACUUGUGAUUAUCAAAGUUUGGAUAAGUAGACACUUUUCACAAAGUCACCACGUACAGUGUGGUAAGAAAGAAAAACAUUUAUUUUCUGAUUGGCUUUAAUCUCCCAGUUAACUCUCCACACAUAACUAGCUGGCGCUGAUCAAAUUUGGAAGAUGCUUUAAGAACCAUCAUCGAUGCCAGUCACUCAGACGUCAAUGACGGCAUAGUACAAAUUAUAACCAAUAGAUUGACAUCAUGCAAAGCAGAAAAGUAACUAUUAAUUAAUGUAAUUUGUUCUGAAAUACUAUAUUUUCAGCAUAGCAGGUUACUAAAUUUUUGGGAGGGAUGGGUGAGAGAUUCCUGUUUACAUGGUCUAUGAUGAGAAAUUUGCAAACUGCUAUUCUGGGGAACUGUGCAACUGUGGCAGGGAUUUUUUAAUAUCAGACACACAUGCCCAAUUCCAACCCAAACCCCCCCCUCCCCCCCCCCCCCCCCCCCCUAUCUCUUUUUCCCGCGCUUCAACAUUAGGGAGCUUAAGAAACGACGACGGCAACGGCUACUUAAAUGUCACUUUAAAAAAAGUGAAAUCGCGCUGCUUCAACAUUUAUCGCGCUUAUUCCAUCUCGUUUAAUUCGUCAAAUGUUGCAUGGCUGACUUUCUUUGGAGUUGAAUUCUAAAGGAUUGUAUCAAAGUUCAGGAAAAGAAAAAGAAAAUUGGUGUUUUGUGUUUCCGUCCUCGACAAAACGUGAAAUUAGGCACUGUACAAUGACGGCUAAGAAAUGUACAAAAAAGCGUGAUGCACAUGCAAAGUUGUUAUAUUGCCAAUCUUAAACAAUUGGUUUUUUGCCGUUCUCGUUCAGAUUUUGUCCUGGGACAGCUCUGCAAUUGAGAAAACCCAUUUACAAUUCUGUAAACGCUAUUUACAAGUACACAACAAGGCAUCCAACAUUACAUGUAGAGCUGAACUCGGUAAAUUCCCCAUGAACUUUGACAAUGGAUGAAAAGAUGCUAAACUCAGUACUUAUUAACAAGCUUUUUGAAAUGUAAAGAUCAACAUUCGAUAUUAGUUUUCACCAAAACCCUAAUUUAAAGUUUCAAUCUUCUUCAGUUUUGACCAUCCGUGGCAUCUGUUGUUUCUGUUAUGUUGUUUACAAAUGUUUUCUUAAUUUAAAUUUUGACUAAUUUGGGUGAAUUUUCAUUAUAGACCUUCAUUAUAGUAGAAAAAAUAGCUCUUACUCUAAUCUCAUAAAGAUGAUUGACUACUACGAUUUAAACUGUGACUUUUCCUGUGAUUCAUUGAAUGACUGACUUGAAACUUAAACGGUAUGUCGGCGUAACGAAAAAUAAGUACGUCUCUUACUGGAACCAGACCCUUCAACAAUCACAAAAACUCAGUUUUUACCUUACAAUCAAAAAGGAACAUAGCCCCUCGCCGUAACCAGUUUAGCAAGAAAAAACCCCUCAAGAAAAGCAUUAGUUAAAAUUAGAAUAAGCAGUCAUCAACUUAGAAUUUGAACAGGUAGAUACGAAAAGAUGCCUCGCAAUGAAAGGAUAUGUUCCUUUCGCCACAUCAACAAAAUUGAAGAUGAAAAUCAUUUCUUACUAGAUUGUAAGGACUAUUCUAAGAUUAGAGACGAAUUUAUCUCCAAACUAGAACUUAAAAUACCUACCUUCAAAUCACUUUCACACGAUACUUUAAUAGCUUAUCUUGCGAAUUCUUCUGAUUAUUUAAUUGACUGUCAAAUGGUUUUAUUUAUCUCGCAAUGCUUUGAAUUAAGAAACAAAUUAAUAUCAAUGAAUGAAUGAGAUCUGUAAUGUUUUUGAAAUGUUUUACAUUAAUAAGUUGAAUUAGAAGUUAAAUUUAGACUAGUAGCUUUUGCAAUAUUGUAAUACCUUUAUUAUGGUCAUGCAAAUUAAAGUUUUGUUGUUGUCGUUGCCGUCGGCGGCGUCGUUGCUUAAGCUCCCUAUUGUAUGAGGUGGCGGAGAGGGGGAAUGGCAAAGUAUUUUCCAAAAGGUAGCAAUGUUUUAUGAGGGCACCAAGAAAAUUACAGAUAAUUACGAACCGCAUUAAGUUACAAUUAGUGCAAAACUUCGCCGCCCACGUAUUAACAGAUACUAAAAAGUUUGAUCACAUCUCGCCUGUUCUUUGGGAAUUAGGGUGGACCUCCAUCAAAGAUCGGCUAUUAGUUCGUGAUACUACCCAAGUAUAAAAAAUUGUCAAUGGCCUCGCUCCGUUGUACUUGAGUAGUAAACUCAGUAAGCGAUCAGAUACACACCACUACAACACGAGGAAAAGGGACAAACUAAAUCUCCCUCUAUGCAGAACAGUUACCGCGCAACAGUCAUUUUACAUCGCGCUGUAAGUGCCUGUAACUCUCUUACCGCACGCAUUAGAAAUCUCCCGUCACUAUGUACCUUUAAGAGGAGCGUCAAACGCGAAUUGCGGGGGAAGACGCCAUACGUUAAAUAGUUAAUAUUUGAUUUAGCUUAGAUCUCCAAAGAGUUAACGUAAUUGUAGGCGCUUAGUUUAGGCUUUCAGUUUAGUACCAAGAUUGUAGUCAAUUUAAGCUUUUUCUUCUUAUCCCCCCUUCUUUUUAGCAUUUGUAAAUUAACUUCAGAAUAGCCCUUUGGGAGAGUUAAUAGAAAUUAUUGUAUUAAUUAAAAAAUUAAUUUCCCAAGGACAUUUGUUUAGGCUUGUAGAUAAAUGAUGAUAUCAAAAUGAUGACAUCAAAUCCAAAUUAUUUCUUUUUAAGACCAUUUUGUGCCAGGCGUUUCCUGAUUUGCUUGGAAAGCCAAGGUCUAACCGCAAGAAUUUCAGUCAACUGCCAGGUGAGUCUCAGCCAUAAAUUAUUAUUUUUCUUUCGUCAACAUUAUUUUAUAACUCAAUCUACCUUCUUACAACUAGAUUAAAAAGGCUACCAAGUAAUAGGGAAAAAAAUCUAAAAACGUACUUGCAACAGCGGAAGCAAAAGCUACUUUACGUUACUUCUAUAUCUAGGAACUCCUGACCUUGGAAGUGAUAAUAUUUGUAGGUUGAGCUUGAAAACUGUGGCCUCAACGGACCUGACAACAAGUUAUUGAAAUCACAAGGAGUUCUCUUUGAUUUGAUUCCACGUAACUUUAUUGCAUGGAUGUCAUGUGACGACCCUCUCCAGCUCAUUCAUUGCUAACCGUCGAGGGCUUCGAUGGUUGUAAUGUAGUGUGACCUAUAAAUAUAGCCUUAUACAUGUAAAAUUUAAUGCACAUUCUGUUUCACAAUCGUCUUCUUUUACUUGUGAAUUUGUGUAGAUAAAUACAUGUAUUAGAAUCAGAGUAAAUCGAUGUAGUUAGACUAAAUACUUAAUAAUGAUGCUGGAUGUCAAAAUUUUUUUUCAAAAGAGGUUGGAGAUAAUUGGCAUUUAAAUUAAAGUUUGCGCGUCAGUACGUAGAUGAUUCAGAAUACCUUCGCGGUAAACAAGGUUGUGAAUUUGCAUGUAAUCAAUAAUUUUUAUUGGAUGAUAUCAUUCAAACAUAUGAUUAAUACUAAAAAAAAAAAUUCUUUUUUAUGCAUGCCUACUUUGUAGACUCAUGCAAGAAUAUCGGGGAAACGUUGUUCAACCGAAUGGAACAGCUCAACCUUUUUUUGAAGGUAAGCGAAUGUUUUUGUGAAGUAACGAUUAUUUCCAGACACUCCUCUCUUUUCGUAUCCACAGGAAAUAGAAAUUGAAACUUAACCAAAAGAGAGCCUGUGUUAGUGAGGCAUAAUCAAAGAGUCUAAGAACCAAUCAUUGUGCUGCCUUAGAAAAAAACAACUUAAAACGAGGUAACAAAGGACGGCUCUGCCAAAUGGUGGGAAUAAAGGGCUGUUACUGGCAGUUAUGCAUGAGAUGCCGCAGCACGGACAAUGAAUUGCUGAUGCAGAAACUGUCAGUGAGAUGCUCCGGCACUAUGGAUGAGAUGUCGCCCAACGGUUAAUGAAAAUCCACUGCAAAGUUUUGAUAACUUGUACCUAUUUGAAUCAUUUCCAGGAUAUCUUUGGAUUCGAGAAAGUGACACAGUCUAAGCACAUCAGAAGUUUUUUGAGGCCAAAAGGGGAAGACUUAGAAUCGCAGGAUCAGCUCCCGAGGUAUGAAAAGCAAAUACCGUAUUUAUUCGAUUAACCGCCCUGGGCGCUUAUUAAAUUUUUGGACCUUGAGAGUGGGCGCUUAUUCGAGAUGGGCGCGUAUUAAAUUUUCACCAUUUUCAGCAAGUGAAGUAUGUUUAUAUUGCAACAAAACAAUGAAUGCUAACGCCAAGAGUAACAAAGCAAGGUUUCUGUAAAAUACUCUGAAGAAAUCUUCGUCCUCCGGGAAGUCUCUUAUUAGAAUUUAUUCAUUCAUGUGGGUGGGGUGGGGGUGAGCGCUUAUUUGAGUUUAUUGGGAGGAGGAGGGGGUGGGCGCUUAUUAACGUUUUCUGCCUUUAGGAUGGACGCUUAUUCGAGGUGGGCGCUAAUUCGAGGUUGGGCGCUUAUUCGAAUAACUACGGUAACUUGUAAAUACCUUUUUUCUAACUGAGUGUGAGUAGUAAGUUAUGCAGUAUACUGAGUAACGCCCAUCUAGAGCCAGUCAUAAUUGGUCCCCUAUGAUCUCUUGCUCGCGUAUGGUCAAUUACCAUGAUAAAAUGGUGCCUAUCUCCCUUUCAUUUUUAAGUUUGAAAAUCCACCAUCAAUUUUGUACUGGCCAUAAUAAUUGCUCUGCUCCCUUGCACACCAGACUUGCUUCACCGCCCCAAGCAAUCACGGCUCUGGGGCCUAUUUUGCGAAAGGCCUGGUAACUUGGGCCCGAAGGUAAAUCUCAAAAUCAAAAACCGCAGUGUCGAAGAGUGGCACAGUUCCUAGCUCACAAACCAGUCAAAUCUGCAGCGCUGACCGACAGUUUCAUUGUAUCACUUUCAAAAUUGUUGAAAUUUUGAUCUUAAAUGCAAACACGGCAAACAUAAAGCAGCUCAGUUCCGGGCCCGAAAAGUUACCUAGUUAUCAAGCUUUAGGGAGUUUGGGCCCCCCUGGGGGUUAAGGGUUACAGGGCUAGAACUAGACAAGCUUUUUUUAAUGUUUCUCGCAUAUUAUGCUUCUGCAAUUUUGUAGUAGCUAUAGGCUAUACAAGUUUAUAGAGACAGAUGAUUAAUUAAUUGAGAAAUAACUAAAGAGAAAAGGGGCGAAAAGAGUAAACCUAAUACACUGCCCUAACAGAUAGAAAAAUAUAAAAGAUUUCCAAUUUAGUGGAUACUAGCCAUUGGAAAUUUCGUCAUUCCAUCGGAGUUAAAAUGCUAGCAGCCAUCUUGCUGCAGCGCUACCACGCGAAUUUUUUAUUUUUUUUCUGUAUAAUUUAACGUUUAGGAGGAAGAAGAAAAAAGGCAGAAGGAAUGGGAAUUUCUCAAAGACGAUGAAGAAACGACUCGAUUUUAGAAAGUCAAGUAGAAUAGGUAUGCCUCUGUUUGUUAUUGAUAGUUCUGUAAUGAAGCCAAGGUCUGUGAAAUUUUAAAAUGACUUGGUUACCGUAUAUUCCAAAAAUAAGCCUCCAGGCUUAACCCUUUUUAUUCCCAAAAGUGAUCGGCAUCUAACUUCUCCUUAAAAUAUCAGUUCAUUGUCCAGCAGAAAGGUGAUGAGAAUAGGGAAAGGUAUAGCAACCAGAGGAUGCACUUUUGAUAUAAAAACAAAUUCUCUGAACUAAUCUACAAUGAAAUGUAUAGCAACCGGAAAGGGGCAUUACUAUAAAUCAGAUCUUGGAAGUAAAAGGGUUUAAGGCCAUUUAAUAAGGCUACACAUUUGGAGGGGGCGUUUAUCAACACAGAUGGAUUGAUUAGGGGAGGGAAACUCCUUUGGGAGUAUUGUUGGAGUUUAAUGGAUUGAGUGUUUAAUGUGAUAAUUCGACCGAUCAGAGUCAAUCAUUCACUAAUUAACUAAGCAAAUUUAUAGCAGAUAUUGUACAAUAUUUUAGAAAACAAUCGUAACAAACCUAUCCUAAGAACCUCUUCAGGAUGAUUUCUCACUACAUAUCUUGUAUCAGCUCAAAAUAGAACUGACCACAUGUUAUAUUAUGAGGGUGAUUUCUUCAUAUUGAAAAUCGUACAUACCAAAAUUCAAGUUAAAAAGAUGAAAACGACAGUGCUGCAUGCGGUUUAUGUUGAACGUGCCUAUAUUUAGCUUUUGGUUCGCAGAUAGUAACUGAAUAAGUUAAUGAGACGUUUGUAUGUUUCUUCGUCCCUCAUUUUAUUCAGCUUUGCACACCCAAAAUAGCUAUUCCAUUUUGUAGUUAACGUUAUCAACACAAUUGACGUUAAUAUUGAUAUCGGCAAAAAUCUUCAAAAUUUGAUUGACGUUAGCUGUCUGCUAGCAGGUAACUGAACAAUCGGAGGGGGCGCUUAUUUUUAAAAUUUACUGUAGGCUUUGAACCAAGGAGGAAACAGAUAAUAAUUACCAUUUAUUCUUCAUUUGCAGUCUGCAACCACAUAAGCUCACCUAUAAUCUUUGACCGCUUCAUCGUCAUGGACGACUAUAAGAAACAAGCUAAGAGCGACAUUAAUUUGAAAAAAGGGAAAACAGUGGAUGUUAUCGAGAAGAGGGAAUCUGGUGAGUGUUUCGUUGUAAAAUACUCCAAUUGCUAUUGCUUUUUCAGUUUAAUCCUCGUAAAAUAAAUUCACCAAGUAGAAACAAGCCUACGUAGUGUGGGAAACAAGAGUAACCCAUGUAAGGCAGACCAAGACAGUCUUGGAUGCUCCAUUCCACGUUGUAAAUUCUGGAUUCCAGGUGGUGGAUUCCGCAUUCUUGUCAGUGGAGCUUGGAUUCCGAAUUCCAAUCAUUAGCCGGAUCCCGGAUGAUUCCUUGAGAUGGAUUACAGAUUCCAAAGCCUAGGAUCCCGGAUUCCACAAUCAUAGAUUUGCUGCAUUCUGGAUUCCACAAGCAAAGAUUUUUCAAAUUCCGAAAUCUUGCAUGGAUUACUUUACAAGGAGCGAUGCAUCAAAUUCAGUGCGCGACUAAAAACAAAUCUAGAUCUUAGAAAUGCGUUGUGAAUUUACAUGAAAUGGUUGUUUACUUGAUGACCUACUUUAAAGCAGUUUGAGGCCUGACGGAAAUCUCUAAGUAAGGCCUAAGGAUAUGAAAUUGUUGGGGUUUGGUUUAAAUACACCUGUCUGAUUUCGUUAAAACGUGGCCACUGGGUUUUCGCCUGGCGCCUGGCGCCCGGCGCAGCCCGGCUCCAGGCCAGCCCGGUGCCCAAAAAUAUAGGGGGCUUGACGUCUUGGUCGGUACAGCUGGAUAGCCCAGGGACUGCCCUAACAGUGGGUGGAUGGAUCAGGCCUUGGGGUCAAAACUAGUGGGGUAGGGAGGGGGCUGUUUUGACACAACCCCUUCAGUAAGCAGCAGUGUUCAGUGCAGGCUUUGACUGGCGAGUACCUUGGUCUUAAUUUGCCCUAGCCAGCUGAAUCGGGCCUCUGCUAAGAAUGAUUAUUAUGAUAAUUGCAGAGCUCAGUGAGAGGUGCAGACAGUCACCCAUUGUCCUGGGUGGGGAGGGUUAAAGUCUUGGUACCAAGGACCCACUUAGCAUAGGACCUUUAGACACUCACUGAAGCCAUGUUUUCAUAAAUCCAGUCAGACAUAAAUACAUACAUACAUACUUUAUUGUUACUUCCCCCAAGGGGCUUUCGGGAACAAUGAUUAUCAAAAGCAUUACAUAAUUUUAAUAACUAAUUACAACACUCAACUUAAUACUAAUUACAAAGCUAGCUAGUUACUCAGGGGCACCCUACGAGAAAAUAGUUCAAAAGCACUUAAACAUAGCAUUGUUGAACGUAUUUUAGUAUUUGAACGGUAGAUAUAGGCAUACUUUUUAACCCCUAAAACCCUCAUCUGUUCGGAUUUCCUAGCUGAAAGUCUAGUGAUCCGAAAAUUAUAGGCAUCAAAACUUAGCUAUUCGAAAAUUUCAGCCAGAAAGAAGGCUCCCGAAAAUUCUAGGUGACCUUUUUAGGGUAAAAGUCCGUUAAAAAUGGGCAAUUACACAAAAUUUUAGAUGUUCGAAAAUGCUAGGAGAGGCAGGUAAGCAAGAAAUUUUGCAACAAGUGUUCCGAAAAUUCUAAAUUUCAAAUCGUUUUCCGAACAGAUAUUUUUCGAAAAUUGACGUUGGGAGCCCCUGAUUACUAAUCACAAUGUUUUUAAACUUAACUAAGAAGUAUUUACAAAACUAUCAAAAAGGUUAGGUGUAGACCUUUUGUCCUCUUUGGUUCAAAGCGAGGCUCUCUGUUAGUGCUCCGAAACCGCGAUGCAUUUCAGUAAAAAGCGAUAUUUACUGUAUUCUACAUCGUCAUAGACUUCGUCGUCAUAGGCGUCGCCUCCAGGUCUUGAGACAUUCAAUCCUGGCUCAAAUUGGUGGAAGGCGAGAACGCUUCUCACUGCGCUACCCAUUCCCCCAAAAAUAUUGGCAUAAUAAGAAUAUUGAAGUAUGAAUAGCAGUAGUCAAAUGUCUGUGUUACGCUGCCAGUUAUCUGUUCUCUAUUACCUCAUAUUACCAUGCGUAGAACUGGUGUAAUUAUACUGAACUUCAAACGCUUUAUCGUUUUUUACAAGCUUACUAGGACUGAUAAAAUCAAAACAAAAAAUAAGGACCUAUCUAAGUUUCUUUGGUCGUUAUGGAAGGAAUUAACACUGGGGUGAAGCAAGAGAGGAUGAAAUUAUCCUGAAGAAGGUUUCUCCAUUCCGUGUAUUUCAAAUCACAAUCCCUCAGCCGCCUCAGCUAGUCCAGGCAACAGAGGAGUCCCCGAAGUCAUUGAAAAAGAAAGAUUCUUUUGAUUUGACUUUACAGGUUGGUGGCUGGUAGAUGCUGAUGGUGAAGUGGGUUGGGCUCCAUCUCUGUAUCUCGAACCAGCAGACGAAAUGUCGGACACUGAAGUAUCAAACGUACAAAGAUUCCCUAUUAGCAAGGGUACGUUACACAGAGUCAUAUUACCAACUGAAAUUUGUGAUACAAAGUAAGAUUUGUGAUACUAAAAAAACGGAGGUUCAUAAACAUCGUACACGUUUGCUUUCCAAUUGGCAUGGUGUUUAUCGUAUCCCUACUGAGGCAAUAAUCAUAACCAAUAUUUGUUUGAUGGUUAAAUACCUGGUUUGGAUAACAGGAAAAAAAAAGGGUGCUUUUUGUUUUGUUGAAAGAUAGUCUUUCUUCAAUCUUUUGCUGCAACACUAAGACUUGCAAAGCCUUUCAUUUUCUAUUCAAGGACUUUCUAUCUCUUUUUUACUGGAAAAUAAUAUUUCAUCCAUAAAAACUUCACUACGAAAGAUUCAUCUCACUGAAAAACUAAAACGCAGGGAAACUGGCAAAAAAAAAGCGUAUACCGCACUGAACGAAAAGACAUUAAUUACAGCUUGUGAUUGUACGAAUGAUCUUUCUCAAAAAAUGAAAAACGCAGUUCGCGCCUCUGAUUGGCUGGAUAUCGUUUGCACACAGAAGUUUACAAUAUAGCUUGCCAGUGCCUAUACCUCUGUCAGUAACAAAAAACAUAAUAUACAUACAAAUGCAUUUCUUUGGUAGGGGGUAACCCUCAUCUGUGAAUUAUAAGAAAAUAUACUGCUCCGUCGCCGUUCGGUAACCAAUUGACGUUGGUAACAAAAAAAAACCCGUAGAAAUGAAAAAUUUGUCAAUUCAUUGCAAACUUAUUACUUUUUGGGCCGUAGAUCUUUUAUAGAUCCGAUACAAUUCUUGCAUGGUUAGUCCAUGUUUUUGUGUCAAAGUAUGAGUUGUAUCACGAGGUAUGGUUGAUGGUAUUAUACUCUGGUUAUUGGUCUUCUUGGUGAGAGUUCUGGGCGAUGUUAUUGGUCGUAUUUUCAUCAGAGCCGUGAUGUUGUUGGCCAUACUGAAGAGCCCCAAAAAUCAGAAAACUGUCAAACUUCAAAAGUCUGUUUUCAGUUUUUUCGUCGUGUUGAUGUCUUGCAAGUUAAUUUUCACGUAGUCGAUCAGAAUAGGACUGUUGUCGUUGCAAACUGUUAAGGUUACAAUUUUCAGUCUUUGUAUAAAGACUGAUAACUUGCGAAUAUGCCAGUCAUUUACUCAACUUUUCGAAGUUUACUAAAGACAAAUAAUUAGAAGUCUUUGUUUUUGAUGAACUCAUAGUGUUCUUAAAUUCACCUUAUUUUGCACUUAGUUUGUAUGUGACGGUAAUUUUCCCUAUUACACACAACAGGAGAGGUAUACGUGACAACGAAACGAUAUGUUGCUGUAGAAGAUGAUGAGUUGACGUUUGAUAUUGGUGUCAAUCUGCAAAUUCUGGAAAAGAACUUUGACGGAUGGUGGAAAGCUUCGUAAGUAGUGCCCAAUCUAAUAUACGCUUGUUUUCCUACAGUAGAUAGAGGCAAAGGCUUUUGUCUUGCAAAUAGCCUAAAACAUUCUAGACACUCAGCACCUGUUGCUACAAAAGUAUAUCAUUAAUAUAUCGGUACCUGAACUUGCCGAGACUGCCAAACUCUGUACGAGUCAUUCGCCAGGGUACUUCGCCUCUUUUAGAGUCUAAAACAGAUGAGAAAAAAUGAAAGAUGAGGUAUGCUUUAUCAAAUUAAAGAUCAAAGAAUAUUGAUUUAAUAAGCUAGCCAUAAUGAUUUUGAUACUACCUAUUUUAAUUCGAGAACGGGGUUGUUAAUGUUGAACGCAUGGAUCUAAAGCCAAGUUAGCAGAAUCACCGAAAGCUAAUAAUCAACAAGACGAUAAUCAUUUCCCCUUUACUUACUUACUUACUUACUUACUUACUUACUUACUUACUUACUUACUUAGAACUGAUAACAGUACUGACAAUAAUAAUGAGACUAUUAUGAACAGGCGUUUAUCCCCGGGGAGGGUGGUACUUCCUACCAUGGCUUAUAAGGGGGUUUAGGCCUUUGGCUUCAGGUAUAUGAAAGGGUAGGGAUUUCGCUAGUUGAAGCGUAUGAAGGGAAGGGAAAUCUGUCAUUUCAGUCUGUAAUAAGGCCCAAAAAGGAUAACAGAUGCAUUUUACGACUCUGAAAAAGUCGAGAAAACAUUCUGGUUUUUUUGUAUAAUCAGUAACCGGUCAGCGGUCGUCGAUCAUGGCGGGAGCAAAAUUUUCUAAUGCGAUCAAAUUUCUUGUCGUAGCAUUGUUUUUCCGCCUCAAACUAAAUAAUUUUGGUAUAUCAUCUUCCCUGAAGGCGUCCAAUCUACCGACUGGUCCGCUUUAGUAAGCUUAACUAAACCAACGUCCAUAGGUUUAAAGGCCUACCGAGCUUGUCCACGAAGUAGCCAAGCCGGCGCCAUCUUGGAUUCAAACUCUGAACUUAGUUCUCCUCGUCAACUGCUACUCAGUCUACUCUUACUUGCUUGUGAUGUUAGUUCAAAUCCAGGGCCUCAAUGGAAGUCUCCUUGUGGGCUUUGCUCUAAACCAGUUAAGCGAAAUCAACGAGGCAUUCAGUGUGACAACUGGGAUCGAUGGUUUCAUACUCGUUGCUGCAUUAUUGGCGACCAAACUUAUGAAACCCUCGGAACCUCAUCAUGUGUAUGGAUAUGCUGUGACUGUAACACUGCCAACUACUCAUCUGUACCAUGUAAUUCUUUGCUGAACUCAUAUAAUUCACCUGGAUUUUAUUCUCCACUUGCAAGUCAGGCUGAAAGCACUCUACAUACUAACAAAGAGUAGUAUACGAAGGGGAAAUGUCCUCAUGGGUUCCAGUAUCAAGCGGCGUACCUCAAGGAUCCGUGAUUGGACCCACACUAUUUUUAGUUUAUAUAAAUGAUCUCCCAACUAAAUUACAGUCCAAAGUUCGACUAUUUGCAGACGAUACUAUUGUGUAUAUGGCUGUAAAUAACGAAACCGAUGCUGCCAUCUUACAAAAAGAUCUCAAACUUCUUGAAGAAUGGGAAAAUAGAUCACAGAUGUCUUUCCACCCGGACAAGUCUAAUGUGCUACGAGUCACAAGGUGCAGGAGCCCCCUCAACCAUGAUUACAUCCUACACAACCAGAUCUUUAAGGAAAAAGAUGUAGUUAAAUAUCUUGGCGUCACUGUACACCAUAAGCUGUCUUGGAACGAACAUAUAUGCUCUAUGGUUGAGGAAGCUAAUUCAUCCAUAGGUUUUCUCAGACGAAACUUACAAAUUCACCAGAAACACAUCAAAGCUAAUGCAAAGAGAGUCUUGUUUGACCACAAAUCGAGUAUGCGUCUACUAUAUGGCCUGGGAUCCUUUCACCCAAGAGAACCAAAAUAACAUUGAGAUGCUACAAAGAAGAGCUGCCCGCUUUGCUUGUAACAACUACAGACGCGAAGCAAAUGUCACUACCAUGCUUGAUGAGCUUGGCUGGCACAGUCUCAAGCAGCGAAGACCAGACCAAAAAUAAAUUAUGUUAUGCAAAAUUGUAAAUAGCCUAGCUGAAGUUGAUCUUUCUAAAGAACUUAUACUACUUACAAGACACUUUAGAAAUAGUCACGCCAAAUCCUUUAGAAUUAUAUUCCCUACGAAAGGAAAACCUAUCUUCAAUACAGCUUUUUACCUAGAACUAUAAAGAAGUGGAACAGUUUGCCAGCCACACUAGCCACAGCCCCAAGUCUUAAUGUUUCUAAGAGUAGGGUCUGUGAGCUGAAACAUUAAGAACCUUUACGAACCCGACCGAAUCCGAGCAUAUAAGCCUUGUGGAGAGGGAAUGCUUGUAAUAUGGUAAAUGUAAAAAUAUUUAAAGAAAGUACAUUUACAGCAGUUAAAAGGGAUGUAAAAUACUGACUAGGAAUAUGAAAGGGUCACCAUUUGUCAAGGAAAGGCAUAAGAAAGUGGUACCUUUUUUUUAAAAAAAAAGUAUAUGGAAAGGUAAGAGGAUGGACCUCGGGGCGAAGCCUCCCGCUGUAAAACAUUGUUGAGUAACCCCCCCUCCCCCUCCACCCCCUCCGUCCCCUCCGAUGUCUAUUGCAUUAUAGGAAAUGAUUAAUUUUGAUUUAUGGUUGUAUUUAGAUACCUCGGUAGAGAGGGUUGGGUGCCCCAGAUGUACCUGAAAAAGUUGGGAGAAGAACAUUGUAAAGCGAGGGCGGCACGAAAGAGUGUAAUUAAGAAAUGCUCGGCACUUGAAAUAAGGACCUCCAUUGAAGAAGAGGAGGAAAUGAUUAUAGGUGAGAUUGCUGUAAAUGAGAAAGAUAACUUUUUACACUUUGGUGUUACAACUAUUCUAAUCUCACUGGGUCAAGAAGUGAAUUAUUCAUUCAGUUAACCCUGUUGACCCAUGCUCCCCCCUUUUUUGACUGAAAGAUUGAAGAAUUCAUUGUAAACGAUCCUUGUUGCAAGGCUGCACAAAUCAAUGAGCUAUAGUUUUUCGGCAACUAUUCCUUAAAUUUAAGAGGAAGAAAGAAAAGCAGAAACAGAAACGAGGAGCAAACUCACAUGCAACUCCUGGGAGUUGCAGUCAAAUCCUUUUUAAAGGUAACUUAUCUUAUGCGCCAGGACUCUUGCCCGGUGAGAAGGACAUGUCCUAGAAACAAGUAAAAAUAUUUAUGGUUAUCGGGUGUUUAAAAUAUUCUCUUAUUAGGCGUACCUGAUAGGCUGUAAAUCUUUUAUGUUCAAGCUUAAGUUAUGAUUUAUUGCAGAAGUAACACACGCAGAGGCGGAUGAUAAAACACACGAAGAAGUAAGUAAACAAGUUCUGCCUAUUCUUAUUUGGGAAAAAUAGCAAAAGUAGGAAACAGAUGGCAAAAGUUUCUCAGAUAGCUUUUUAAUCGAGUUUCGCAAAGAAAUUUACUAAUUGCUUUGGUUUCUCGUUGUAAGCUUCGUGAUCGUUUGAUGCAACUCCUGUCAUUUUCUCAACCAACCAAUCGUAACUUGCUUCCAUGCUACUUCAACAUUUUGCCUCAGCUACUUUGCUUGAGUUAAGUUUAUGUUUCUUUAUGUUGUAGUGACUGGGGUAAAACUCAGGUAACAAUUACAAUAUUCGUUUUAUGACAGUGGUUCUCGCACGAUUGCAGGCAUUCUCUCGCGGGACACUCGUAAUUGGUAAUUUAGAAAGUCGUAACAAAGAAAGGCGGGAACACAGUAUUGAACGACUAAUAGCGGAGUUCGCAAGAUGAGCCUCAUACUCCACCCAUACCUAACAAAAUUUGGUAACCUCUAUCUAUCCAAGAAAUUUUGGCAAUCACGUGACCGUCCGUGUGACAGUCCACACCACAGGGAACCCAACCGUAUCGCGGGCUCAGGUGCCAACUCAUUGAGGUCACUUGCUUUUUUUUUCCGCCUGACCAGUUGUUCGUUUUUUAUUGAUCACUAUCACAUGGUUCUCCCCAAAAGUUUUUAUCGAUUUGUAGAUUUCGUGCAACGGGAAAGUCCAUUAUCUGAAGUAAAUUCAAAAUGCAUAAACGGGAGAUUCGCUUUUAGCUCUGGCUAAAUCUAUACAUCACUAUCUUUCAUGAGUGUAUAAGAAGAAAUUAAUUUAUUGUCGCCGUUUCUUCUAGGAUAACAAGCCUUCUAAGGAAGUUGACGAUAAGACAGACAGUGGUCAGACAAAACCAGGGUCUAAAGAUAAAGCAAAAACCGUGGGAGUGAUGUUUGAUUUGAGUAGCAUGUUUUUACCGCUGGAAAUUCCGAACGAAGGAUCGUCAAAUGAAAUUCCAACUCCGAAGACACCACAGGCAAGUACUGAUAGAAAAUUGCGUCAAAGACCUGGUUUACAGCGUCGAGCAGUUAGUGAUGGGAUUGCCCUUGUAUUGGGUAAGAGUCUUGAAAAUCAGGAAGAAAAAAAGGAUGACACGAACCUUAAAACGUCAGGCCUGGAGUCAAAUCAUUCCAGCAAAUCAAUUAUCAUUAACAGUGAUGGCGCCAGCAUUUCUGCAAUGGAAUCGAAAUGGAAACCUGACCCCGCAACAACCACGUCACCUCCACGUCUAGGAAAGAGCAGUAAAGGGGCCGAGGCAAGUGCACACCCGCCAACAGCAGAAGCACUAAAUUCAAACAGCCAAGACCUUUCUACAUCGGCGCCAAACACCGAAAGGCCAAAUAUGUAUCAGCUAACAAAAAGUGAGGGCGCGGCAGUAUCGUCCGAUUUCACAUCCAAUGGUGACAAGUAUAAUAAAAAGCUUGUCCGUCAAGCUUCUGUUGAGGCAGAGGUACAUGCUCAAGAAUUGCCAAGCUGGAGUUCAAGUGACGAAUCAGAUCUCAAGCUUCAAGAUCUAAACGAAUACUCCACUGAUGUCUACAGCUGCGCCGAAACUCAUGAAGUUAGUGAAGAUAUGUUCCUGGCCAAGGGAGAAAAUGUGAAAGUAAUCGAAAGGGGUCCUAAUGGCCUGUGGUUGGUGGAAAAUGGUCGCGGAACACGAGGUUGGACUAGUUCUGCAAAGCUUUAUCCAGUAACAGAGGGGAGUGGAAAUCUUGAAGCCCUCAUGACCAUGUCAGGAAAAAAAGACUCAGGGAAUAAAGAAGACAACAACAACAAUGAGGUGCGGAAAAAGCAACAAGAGGAAACCAAACUUAGCAUCUCACAAAUGAUGUAUCGUGCGACUAACAAUUUCAAGGGAGCAGAAGACAACGAAGAGAUUAACCUCCACAAGGGUGAAAUUCUGCAUAUAGUGCACAAGGAUGAGAGUGGUUGGUGGUGCGCUAAAAAUAGCGAGGGUGAGAUUGGAUGGGUCCCUUCAAAUUUUCUGAAACUGAUGCAAGGUGAAGCAGACAAUGAUGAUGAUGAUGAGGAGGAGGAGGAGGAGGAGGAGGACGACGACGACGACGACGAUGACGACGACGACGACGACGACGACGACGACGAUGACGAUGAAGACGAUGAAGAAGAACACAGAGGCAACGAAAGUGAUCUCCAUAUUUCGUGCCGUGUUAAAAGUCAUUUUAAGGGUAACGAAGACAAGCAAGAGAUAAACCUGCAAAAAGGUCAACUUCUGCAAAUAUUUCACAAGGGAGAAAAUGGAUGGUGGUGUGUACGAAAUGAAAAUGGGGAUAUCGGAUGGGCUCCUCAAAUACACCUGGAGGCGCUCGAAGGUAACUCAACGGAUAUCUGAUUCAACAAAACAUUUCUGUUCCGGCCCUUGACAAUUGAAGUGUGCUUUUUAAAGACCUCUUUCUUGGUUUGUUUAAGCAAGUCAUCUAACGCUUUUCAGACAUUGGAGGGACAAAAGAACUGACAGCCUUUAAAAAAGUUUAGAGGCUUACAAGCUUAGAUUGUAGCAUUUAACAGUCAUCCACCAAUUCAAUUAGUGGCUUAUUUUUGUAUUCGUUACUUUUUCUGCAGUAAUUAAAGAGUGCAAUUGAAGAGUGUGUAGAAGUGUAACGUUAGCAGAGCGCAGCAAGGACAUUGUGAUGACUUUAUUUCUUUAUAGAAAUUUUCGAUUAUAGUUCUCUACCCUGCAGGCAGAGGUUUCUCUCUGGCAUGGCUUUUAGGGCUUACGAAGUCGUUCGCCUGGCUUGUGAGUCGCGUAGUUGCUUUGUUUUAUACGCCCCGGGAGAAACGGGGCUUAAACAAACCAACUACGCGACAGGCGUGAGCCAGCGAACUACGUAAGCAGUAAAAGCCAUGCCAGAGAGAAACCACUGCUUGCAGGGUAAUAGUUCUCUUUACCAUCUGUCUAUGGAGCUGGCAACGAAUUAAUUAUAUAUAUAUAUUAGUACAAAGGUAGCAAACUAUGCACCAGACAGUUAAUGUAUUAUCUCACAAGAGGAAAUCUUUUUUUUAUCGUGACUCAGCAGUUUCAAAGUUUAUCGUUGAAUCUGGCUACUUAGAAGGAUCGGUAAAGAUAAUCUGGAUAAGCUAGUUUUUUUAGAAUGUUAUGUUUAAGGAUGUCGUGUCCAUUAUCAAGAAACUGGAUCAUAUGGGAUUCAAUUCCGAAGUUUUCAUUCGUUUAGAGACCAAGAAAAUAAAAGUUAAAUUUGAAUCGUCCUACGGUCGUUCAUAAUGAAAUCAGGAAAUUUUAUUAAUAUUUCUCACAUCUCAAAUUAAACACAAUCUUGUGAGGUAA